AUGGAGGGGGGCGAGGGGCCCAGACUCAGAGACUUCCUGAAUGGCAGCCUGGCCACCUGGGCACUGGGGCUGGCGAGGCUGGUCGGGGAGGCAGAGGAUCCCCAAGGUGAAGAUCAGGACGGGGGUGAACAGGAGGAGGAGGAGGGGCUCCUUAGCCCCGAGAAGAGAUUCUUUCGACUCAGCGAUGGGGCCCUGCUCCUUCGGGUGCUGGGCAUCAUUGCCCCCAGCUCCAGAGAGGGACCACGGAUGGUUGGGGACCAGGAGGGUCCCGCAGCCAGGCGGGUCCGGAACCUGAGCCGCCUGUGGGGUCGUCUGAGGGAUUUCUACCAGGAGGAGCUGCAGCUGCUGAUCCUGUCACAACCCCCAGACCUUCAGACGCUGGGAUUUGAGCCCCUCUCAGAGGAGGCCAUGGAGGAGCUGGAAGGUAUCCUUCGGCUGAUGCUGGGGGCGUCGGUGCAGUGUGAGCACCGGGAACUGUUCAUCCGACACAUCCAGGCCCUCAGCCUGGAGGUCCAGAGCGAGCUAGCUGUCACCAUCCAGGAGGUGACCCGACCUGGCGCAGGCGUGGUGCUAGCGUUGGCUGGGCCUGAGCCCGGAGAGCUGGCGUCCCCGGAGCUGGAGAUGCUGUCCUGGAACCUGAUGGGGACACUCUCGAGGCUGGCACGGGAGCGGGACUUGGGGGCCCAGCGCCUGGCUGAACUGCUGCUGGAGAGGCAACAGGCCCCUCUCCCACCUGAGGCUCCGACCCAGCCUCCCCCGGAGGGCCCCUUGCACCACCUGGCCCUGCAGCUGGCCAAUGCUAAGGCUCAACUGCGGCGCCUGCGGCAGGAGCUGGAGGAAAAGGCUGAGUUGCUACUGGACUCUCAGGCGGAGAUGCAGGGCUUGGAGGCCGAAAUUCGAAGGCUGCGCCAGGAGGCCCAGGCGCUGUCGAGGCAGGCCAAACGGGCAGAGCUGUACCGCGAGGAGGCCGAGGCGCUGCGCGAGCGGGCCGGCCGCCUGCCCCGCCUGCAGGAGGAGCUACGGCGCUGCCGGGAGCGGCUGCAGGCUGCCGAGGCGUGCAAGGGCCAGCUGGAGGAGGAACGCGCACUCUCACGGACUCUGGAGGCCUCCAAGGCGCUGCUGGAGGGGCAGCUGGAAGCUGCCCGCGAACGCAGUGCUCGGUUGCACGAGAGCCAGCGCGAGAACCUGCUGCUGCGGACCCGGCUGGGCGAGGCCCAUGCGGAAGUGGACUCUCUUCGGCAUCAGCUGGACCAGCUGUCGGAGGAGAAUGUGGCGCUGGAGCUGGAGCUUGGGCGCAGCCUGGACCCGCCCCUGAGCUCACCUGGGGAGGCACCCCUGCCAGGAGCGGCCCCCUCACUGCAUGACGAGGUGAGGGAGGCCGAAGUUGGGCGGCUGAGGACCCUUGAGGUGGAGAAUCAGGAACUUCGACAGCUGCUUCAGGUGCUGCAGGGGCACACAGGGCGACAGCCCCCCCUGCUGGAGGAGCAGAGCGAGGACUCCACAGAUCGGGAGCCGGCUGCAGCUCCCCUGCCACUCCUGGCUGCCGCCGUGGGUGCCCAGGGCCUGGUACCCCAGGCGAGGGAGAAAGGCCCCCAGGCUUUGGACCUAACUCCCUGGACAUCAGACUCAGUGCUUCAGGGGUCAGAUGACUGUCCCCAGGCAUCUGAGUUAGACACACAGGCAACAGAGAGGCCACUCCAGGAAGCAGCCAGGGCCCCCCAGACCUCAGACUCGAGCCCUCAAGAGCCUGGGCCUCCUGUGGAGACAAAAGAGUCCCUGGAGAAGGAGGGUCAUGGAGACCCUCUCCAGACCCCUGUCUCUGUUCUGGCUCCAUCCCAGAAUCCAGACAUCAAAAUUCAGGCCCGUUUGUUGCUGGGAGGAGAGACUGGGGAGAGAGAGGUUCCCACAGGGCAGUCGGUGUCUGAGACCCAGGAGCUGGGACUGGAGAGCCCCGAGCUCAAGCCAGGACCACUGGACCUCAGUGUGCAGUUGGGGGAGCAGGGGACAUCAGGCCAGGGAUUGGCCCCGCCCAAUGCGCAGACAGAGGCCAGGGACCGUGAACAGAUGCUGGAAGGGCUGGUAGGGGAACCAACCCAGCAAAAACCACAGCACAGGUCAGAAGGGGCUCCUGAGGCCCUGGCCUGGGAGGGCUCGAUGCCCAGGGAGCUCCUGACCAGUGGUGUCCCAGAGCAGGGGACUCUGAGGGAGGAGGUGGCCCAGCUGAGGAAAGAGGCUGAGGCUCUCCAAGCUGAGCUGGAGGCCCAGGCCCGAAGGCUGGAGGCUCAAGACACGGAGGCUGCCCGUCUCUCGGAGGAGCUGGCUCAGGCACGCAAGUCAGAAGCUGAGGCCCACCAGGAGGCGGUGGCCCAGGCCCUGGAGCAGGCCCGGCUGCGUGAGGCUGUGGAGGCGGCCGGCCGGGAGCUGGACGCUGCGGCGAGGGAGCGGGAGGCCCUGGCCGAGGCUCUGGCAGCAGCGGGCCGAGAGCGGCGGCAGUGGGAGCGCGAGGGGCCCAGGCUGCGGGCCCGGGCCGAAGCGGCUGAGGAACGGCUGCGGGCACUGGAGGGCGAAGGUCACCGACAGCUGGAGGAGGCAGAGAGGGACCGGCGGGAGAAGCAGGCCCUUAGAGAGGAACUAGAGAAGGCCGUGGUGCGGGGCCAGGAGCUGGGGGCACGGCUGGAGUCUCUGCAGUGGGAGCUGGAACAGGUGGCUCGGGAGAGGCAGGAGUGGCUGCAGGAAAAGGAGAGCCAGCAGCAGAGGUACCGGGGCCUGGAGCAGCGGUUGGAAGCGGAGCUGCAGGCGGCAGCCACCAGCAAGGAGGAGGCGCUGUUGGAGCUCAAGUCCAAGGCCCAGCAGCUGGAAGAGGAGCUGUUACAGCUUCGCCAGAGCCCCGAGGGGCUGAGGCCCGAGGAGCAGGCUGUGCCUCUGACGCGGGAGACGCAGAGCCAGCGGCUCAUUGAGGUGGAACGCAGUAACGCGGCGCUGGCGGCCGAGAAGGACGCUCUGCGGGGACAGCUCCAGCAUUUGGAAGGGCGGCUGGGGAACAUGCAGAGCCGGGCCCAGGAGCUGCUGCUGCAGAGUCAGCAGGCGCAGGAGCGCAGCAGCCGCCUGCAGGCCGAGAAGGCCGUGCUGGAGCAGCAAGGCCAGGAGCUGCACAGGAGGCUGGGGGUGCUGGAGGAGGAGGUGCAGGCAGCUCGGCGGUCCCAGGAGGAGACCCGUGGGCAGCAGCAGGCCCUGCUGCGGGACCACGAGGCCCUGGCCCAGCUGCAGCGGCGGCAGGAGGCCGAGCUGGAGGGGCUGCUGGUCCGACACCGCGACCUCAAGGCCAACAUGCGGGCGCUGGAGCUGGCCCACCGAGAGUUGCAGGGCCGGCAUGAGCAGCUACAGGCCCAGAGGGCCAACUUGGAGGCGCAGGAAGUGGCCCUGCUGGUGGAGCGGGAGCGCCUGAUGCAGGACGGGCACCGGCAGCGGGGGCUGGAGGAAGAGCUGCGGCGGCUGCAGAGCGAGCACGACAGAGCUCAGCAGCUGUUGGCCGAGGUGUCCCGGGAGCGAGGGGAGCUGCAGGGCGAACGGGGGGAGCUACGGGGCCGCCUGGCACGGCUGGAGCUGGAGCGGGCGCAGUUGGAAGCACAGAGCCAGCGACUGCGGGAAUCGAACCAGCAGCUGGACCUGAAUGCCUGCCGGCUAACCACCCAGUGCGAGCUGCUGACACAGCUGCGGAGCGCCCAGGAAGAGGAGAACCGGCAGCUCCUGGCGGAGGUGCAGGCCCUGAGCCGGGAGAACCGGGGGCUCCUGGAGCGAAGUCUAGAGAGCCGGGACCACCUGCACCGCGAGCAGUGCGAGUACCUGGCCCAGCUGAACGCCCUGCGCCGGGAGAAGCAGAAGCUGGUGGAGAAGAUCAUGGACCAGUACCGUGUGCUGGAGCCUGGGCCCCUGCCCCGGACCAAGAAGGGCAGCUGGCUGGCAGACAAGGUGAAGAGGCUGAUGCGGCCCCGGAGGGAGGGGGGCCCACGCCUGGGGGCCGAUGGGGCUGGCAGCACCCUGAGCCUGGGGGGCCCCCCGGAGACGGAGCUCCCCGAGGGCAGGGAGGCAGACGGGACAGGGCUCCCUUCGCCAGCACCCAUGCGACGGGCCCAGAGCUCCCUGUGCCUGCGGGAUGAGACCCAGAGGCGGAAACUCAGCUCGCGGUUCCCGGUGGGGAGAAGCUCUGAGUCAUUCAGCCCCGGGGACACCCCCCGGCAGCGAUUCCGCCAGCGCCGGCCAGGCCCCGUGGGGGCACCCAGCUUCCAUGGCAAAGGAUCUGGUGUGGGAUGGGACGGCUCCGUCGAGACCCUGGCGGAACAUGAAGCAGAUGUCAGCCGAGAGGGCUCCGAGGUGCAAGAACCGGAGAAACGCCCCCUCGCCCCUUCCCUCAGCCAGUGA